GCCAAAUGUUGAAAUGUGUUUAUUUUUGUAAUUUCGUUGUCGUGGUUAAAUUUGUUGAUCAUGAGAGCAAUAUUUAUACGACAAAGAAUUGACUUAAUAAACUCGUAAAAUUUUACGUUCGUCGCCUGGCCGACAUUGUAGUUAUCUGAUGUAAUUCCUGAUGCUUUUGAAUGGGCCAAGCACUAGCUGUCAGUCGUGGCAAGAAUCAGAAUGCACAUGAGUCACGUUCGUUCCCGAAUCUGGCAACACUUCCACCCGAAAUGGCGCAGUUCGUGUUGUCUUAUCUGAAUGCAACUGACCUAUGUCUUGCCGCCUGCGUGUGGGAUCAGCUUGGAAACGAUGAUAUACUUUGGCAAGGGUCAGUAUUAAGAAUGUAUUUCAACUUUCAAUUUAAUAUGUAUGAGUGAAAUCCACCCGCGAUCAUCCCCCCCCCCCCGCGCACACCCCCAGUAUUUGACUUUCGAAAAACAGUCAAAAUGACAAUUACCCUGUAGUAUCACCAAACUGCAGAUGUUUCUGCUCGACUCAAAAAAUGUUAUAUUUUUGUGUAAAAAACAUUUAGUAAGGUGACUAUGCAGAGUACAUACUGGACCUUCCAUCUAUGGGAAACCUAACUCUACCCAAUGACCCCCCCCCAACAGAAUUUUAAACACUGAAUUCAGAAAGAUUCAAAAAUAUAAAAAUAUUCUUUUAAUGCAUUGAAAAGUUGCCUGUGUAUAAUUUAAAAACAAAUAUAUACAUAAUAAUUUGAACUAAAAUUAGUAUGUGGCUGCAUGAAAAGCAUAUACUGUAUGUUGGAUUAGUUGAUUUGAAAGACAUAGUGCUUAUGCAUGUAACAAAAUGCCAAGAUUACAUAAUUUUCGCUAUUUCUUUAUCCAAAGCGGAUAACAGAUACACUCGAGUUGUAUCAAUUAAAGGGAGCCUACAGUCAUUUUUUAGACGAAAAGCCACCUUAAGUAUUGUUUACAUUUUUUUGUUAUUCUCGCUACUUGACAUGCGCACCACGACAUGCAUGCAUCUUCCAGUGUGCGGAAGUACUCACACUCAUGGAUACCAGGCCUUAAAAUAUCUUUUACAGGGCCGUCUGACAAAAUGUCCGAUGACUUUGAGUUUGGGUCGGACAUAUGUACGAUGAUGUCCGAUAACCUUCAGUUCAGUUUGGCUCGGAAAUAACAAAUGAAUAUCAGCACAAUGUAUUAAUUCUGAAAGGCAAAUGUUGUGAAGAUAUUUAAUAAUUUGUGUCAGUCAUAUUUAUUUCCAAGCCAAAAUUACCUUGCUUGCCAAGAACAGCAGUAACAGUUCCACAACUUAAGCCCUUUUUCUACUUCACUGCGCUCGCCACCCCGCCCUUGAUUACAUUAAAACAACAUUUCCAGUUCACUUUUUAUACUACUGAUUCUCCGUUUAACAUACAAGCCUCUAGUCCUGGACUAGGGUAAUUUUGAUUUACGUUGGACAAAGCUACAGUUCGGUUGGACAGCAAUACACUCGGGUCGGACAAACACUAAACCUGAGUUUCACUUUGGUCGGACAGAAUGUCCGGUGGUUUCUUCUUUACGUCGGACAAUUUCACGAAUGGGUCGGACAAUGUCCGUGACCGACCGAUAUUUUAAGGCCUGUGGAUACUGCAUGUAAGAUACAGCCAAACAAAUCUGUGGAGUUCCCUACUUAAGGUGGCUUCUCAACUAAAAAAUGACUGUAGGGCCCCUUUAAGUGACAGGUUGACAGCUACAUAUUGCAUUAUAUAAUAUAUUGAUAUGAAAGAUAAGAUGAACAACCAUAUAGUGAUUUUGUCAUCAUUCGCUCUCCCGAAAUUAAUUUCAACCAAGUUAAUUACUGUCGCCUUAGAAAACAUCAAAUAUAAAUUUUAAAUGCCAUGUAUACAGGUAUUCUCCUUAUGAAAUUAAAUCUUAAAAACACUGAAAAGUCUGCAGAUUUAGUAAAGAAGAAGGACUAGACUUGUUUUGGUGCUUCUUGCUUAUGUCAAAGGUUUCAGAUAUUUUUCUUAUCACUAAUUGAGGUAGCUGACAAUGGUAUCGGCAUUUGGCUGAUUUUUGCCAUAUUGGUAGACAAUCAGAAUCAGUGGAAUUAUGAUGUUGAUACUAUUGAUAGUCGGUGUUUGCCAAAGAUUAGAGCACAUCCACCGUCCUCCAAAACAAUAUAAUAUUAAUUUUCUACACAGAACUACUGUUAGUAUUCUUAUUAGGGGCCAUUCACAAAGGAUGUCCGGCCAAAUGAUGAAUUUUCAGACUCACGCAACCUUGUAUAUGUCAAGAGUAAAAAACUUUUUUUUACUUUUAGAACUUUUUUAUAACUAUAAAAUUAAUGUGAAUACAAAAAUAUAUAAAUUACUAAUUAAAACAAAAUCUAGUAUUAACCGCAUUCAAUGGGAAGGACUGCUCAAAAUAAAGGGAAAAAGAAAUUUGUUUUUGAUUUUUUUUUAAAUUUCGUACAUCUGGAUUGCUAACCCCUCCCCUAUGUCCGAGUUUGUCCUGAUUUUCCAAUCCCCCCUCCCCCCCUCGGCUCGGACAUCCUUUGUGAAUGGCCCCUAACACAAUAAAUUGUUGCCAUGAUGAAAUUCAUGUAUGAAGCAUGCCAUUUAUUAUAAAUAGUUUAAACAAACUUUGGUUGCAGUUAUUUGUAACAUGUUGGUGUAUAUUUGGAAAAUACAUGUAUCAUUAAAAAAAUUGAAAUUAUAAAUGACGUCAGCUUUACUUGGUCGUCCUGAUAUAUUAUGACAUCAUUGAUUAUAAAAUCGGUAUUGGGCAGAUUGUUGUCCAAUCAGUCAUUCACUAUUGACAGUAGGCCCUUGGGGACUGCCAGUAACAACCAUGUGAUUCAUAAAUUUCCAAUAAAUUAAUACAGUACAUCAAAAUUGGCCUGCCUUACAUCUGGUUCUGACAAAGUGGAGGAGCCCUUGGCUCUGUAAAUAUAGAUGUACAUUGUUUAUUUUUAGGUUAUGCAAAAACAACUGGGGGUUUACAACAGCUUAUUGUAGAAGAGUGGUAAGUACUUACAUGUAAUAUACAUGUAUAAUUUCUGUAUGUACAGGUAUUGUUUAAAGUCAUUAGAGUGCUUAUAAUAAGUAAGUGAAUUUUUUUGUCAACAGCAAUUCAGCUGCUAAAAGUUGCCAAAUGUUGUUUCACAAACUUGAAACUGUCAUACAUGCCAUAAUUAACCUGUUGAGCGAGCUCUCUCCCCUGAGUUCACGAUAGAGAUGAGCCGAUGAUCGGCAAAACAUUGGCAGAGCCGAGUAAUGGCUACUUUUUAUCACGAUCGGCCAAUUGUCUUUCACUAUCUGAUCAAUAGUUUGGCGAUUAAUUAAUCGGCUGAUGGUGUGUAUAAUUAUAUUGUUUCUUGAACAAUCUGUAUGGGAAACUGGCUGUUUUUUAUAUCGGCUCAUCUCUACUUGACGAAAAUAAAAUAAUAAAGUAGGGUGUGAUGCAACUUAAUGGGUUAACUACUGUACUAAAUUUGACAGACAUAUACUAAAUUAGAGUAUCUGCCAAUGUGUCUCUAAUUAACCCAUUGAGCACCAGUACUCUCCCCUUGAUGAGUAAAAUUGUCUGUUGUUAGACAGAGUGCAUGGUAUUAAUGCACAGUGCAUUAGGGCGCAAUACAACUUAAUGGGUUAAUUUAAAAGUCAAAUUGUGUACAUGCUACAGUACAGCCAUGUAUCCGAAUGUUGCUUGCUUAUACUGUAAGCUCUCUAUAUUAUGCAACAUACUGUACUGCUUUCAACUAUUGUACACCCUGCAGCACAGUAACAGCUCCAAAAAGGUCACAAAAUAUGCAAAACUACUGUAUCUUAAAGUUUGAAGGGUGGAUUUUCUCAUCUUAAUUCCCACCGGCUGCCAGUCUUGGCCUCCUGAUCAUGCAGUUCUUUUGAAUGACUGUGUGAUUUAUAUGACAAUUAUUGGAUGAGCAUGCAUUGACUCAAGAAGUAUUCAGACAGAGAUCAGUGUUGUAUCCGCUGAAGAGAAGCUGAGGUGUAUAACAUUGGCCGAGAUCUGAAUAAUUAAUUGAUAACAUGAAAGCUGCCACUGAACAUUGGGACAUUUUGACCAAUCAAGAAUGAGAAUAAAGUUUUAAUGUAUCACAAUAAUUAUUUAGACCUUGGUCAGUGUUACCUAGCUGGCAUAUACCUGUAUCAUGCUCAUUAUAUCAUGUUUAUUAUACUGUAUAUAGUUACAUAUAGUCAUAUUUUCUGUUAGAACAAUUGCAAUUUCAAAGAGUUGUAUAUGCUGUUAGAUGAAGGAAGACUUACAUUUAAUUAUGAUCCAGAAAAGGUAAGCUAUACUACAGGAUAGUGUAAUUAUAGUAUACUUAAUAACAGUAGCAACAUUUAGGCACAGAGUAAAGAUCCAUACAGAAGGACCACUUACGUCGGAAGCUUUGAAGUUUCUGUCCUCACGCAUGUCGCAUUACGCAUGUUGGCCGCUAUUUUCCUAGCCAGUCAAUGACAUUUUCUGGCCAAUAAACACGCUGUACAGGCUGGCUGCUCCGCCUUCUGGCCAGUAAACUGCAUAUUUUUGCAUGAAAAAACGAGGACACGUUGCACCGCUGAGUGGCCCUUCUGUUACUGAUCUUUAUUCUGUGAUUUAGGCGAGCAAUUGAUUAAUACAUGACGUAUUGUAUUAAUAUGACAUUCUGUAGCUUGUAUAUACUGUAUCUAUAUCGCUGUACAGCUGUAGACCAUGGUAUGUCAGUUACUUGUUCAGUUAAUUUUAUAAGUCUAAGGCAGUUACAGUAAUCUGUUUUAAAAUCUGAAUGAAUUGGUAAUUUUUAAAGAUUGACUUCGCUGGUUUCCUAUAUACACAUACAAAAAAUCGUAGUUAAGGUUAGUCACACUUUAAGCAGUAAUCAAUGAUUCUAUAGAUAAAUGAGCACAGUCUCUUAUUACAGUAACUAUGUUCUGUAGUACAUGUACGGUAUACUCAUUCAAUACAUUUGACCAUCAAUUGGUGUUUAGUUUUUAACCAAGGGUGAGGUGAAAUAUUGCCAGAAUGUGUCAAUCUGUGAAAUUUUACUGUAGUUUGUUGAGUUCGUUGGCUAGGUCAGUUCAUCGGAAUUUAUGUUUGAUAUUUUUCUUUCGGACUAGAUGUGCAGUAAUGAUUUAUGUUAGAGCGUACAGACGAGCACGUUCCCCUUGACAACUUUUUUGUUCGUGUGCACCAACAAGGUGACAAUGUUUUCCUUGACAAGGAACCUGGUCAUGCCGCCGGUUUUACAACAAGGAAAAUUGCUCGUAAUACUAUGUACGGCCGUCAGAGAAAACUUGUGUUAAACGACCCUUUGUUGGUUAUUUCUUUCUCAUCUGCGGGAUCGUCGGGUCGUUAGGGGGACAGCUCUUUUAUGAUAAUUUAGACACAAUAUUAUAACCACGCUUGGAUAUCUAUUUAUAUAUAAUUGUUCAUUGUUUAUUGUUGUGUGUAUCCAGUUAAUAAUUUUAUCCCAUACCUGUGUCAAAAGCGGCUUUCUGAUUGGUUUAGAGCAGGUGAGUUUGUCGUCGAGCUCACCUGCUUUUUGCCCGAACUCACCUGCUUUUCGCCGAACUCACCCGCGAAACUGCUCACGUUGCAACUUGCAAUAACAAUAACAAAUAUGGCGGACAAGAUUUAGCCGAUAAACCUAGGCUUUAUAGAACUUUUUUCGGUGACUAACUUGCUGAGACUGAUGAAAAACCAAAGAAAAAUGCAGUAAAGGUAAUCUAGACGUGGAUAAAGAAUUAUUUUCUUGCCCAGUGAUUUUUUUGGCCGGGAAAAUGUUGACAAAACAUGACGAAUAUAUCUCGAAGAGCCACAAAUGCGUGUAUGGCUCGGUGUAUGGGAUAAAAACCAAACGUACUUGCAGGUUCGGUGAGUCCGGAAUUGGACGCACCUCGGGUGGCUGGAAGUUUCCCGAACUCACCUCGCUUCGCUCGGUAUAAGUUCGGGAAACUUCCAGCCACCCUCGGUGCGUCCAAUCCCGGACUCACCUCCCUGCAAGUACGUUUGUUAUAAACUAUUACGUUUCAUAUAACACUUGACACUCAUCUUCGACCGGUCAUUGCCAUUGAUCGAAAUUUCGAUUUCUUUUUUUUCGUACUGUACGUACACACGAGAAAGAAAAACUCGUCAAAGACUUGUCAACUGAAGGAAAACAUGCUCGUCUGUAUACGGGGCUUGACAAGUUCUUUAUAAUCUCCAGCCUACAGGUAAGUAUUACAGAUUUACAGUAUUAGAGAAGGUAUUUAGAAAUUCGUAUAUUGAUAAUUUUAGGGUAUUUCAUACCUAAUGACUAAUGGUGUUCUUGAAGAUGAUCCUGUUGCCAUUGCGAAAUUUCUCAGUGGCUCAAAGAUUAAUCUGCUUAGACCUGAGAAACUUUCAGAGUAUCUCAAAAACAGGUAUAGUUAUACAGUAUGUUAAUUGAUACAAACUUUAAAGUUUAUGAUUUAUAAUCAAGAUUAUUUCAUACUUUCUUGUAAAUGCGAAAAAAUGGGUUUCAAAUUUGAACUUUUUGAGCAAGUCUUUUCCAUCCAUGCAUAUUUGUUGAUUUUGGACUGUGCAUGAAGUUCUUUUUAAAGUUUCUAAGUCUGGAAAAUAUAUAAUAUAUAUAUAAGCACCAUGCUUAAUAACCAACAAAAAUAACUAUAUAUUUAAAGGCAUGCACCUAAUUGUAUAACCGGUAUCCGGCUGGAUAUUUUUCAACUAUCUGGUAUCUGACCGGAUACUAAAAUGUUCUAUCCGGUGCAUCACUAGUUGGAACUGCUGUUUAUUCAAAAUAUACUCGUGUAUACGGAUAAUGAAUACUCAUGAUUGUAUAUUAAGUACAUGUUCAGAUGGAAUAAUAACAAAAAAUAAAUACUGUAUAUGAAUGUGUUCCCAUUGAACCAGACAGUAAAGUUUUAAACCUACAGUACCACCCUUUAAUGUCUUCUAAUAUAGUGUUGUUUUUGUUGUCAAGGCGAGAUAUUCUUCAAGAAAUGAUCUAUAUCCAAAAUUUUAGAAUGUUGUCGUUACCGAAUGCACUCAGGUACCACUUUGUUUAUAUUUUAUCAUUCGCUGCAGUUAUUUUUACGUGUUUAAAUUGGUUAUUCAUUAUCAAGCAAAUGUCUUUUGACUCUUUUCCUAUGUAACUUAAAAGAUAUAGCUCCCUACAUCUCUUCUAAUGAGUUUUACAACGUUUUAAAUACUAGAUAUAAGACUUGUGGCAGCCAUCUUUGUGUGAACUCACCAGUUAACUAUUCACCACUUAACUAUUCGUCUGCUGCCGUCAGCUGUUUCUUACCCAUUUUUUUAACUACCUGUAUACAUGGUCACACCAAUAAGACCGCCAUUGGCUUCAUUUAUCUUUUUCAGAUCUGAUUCAGUGAAGCUACCUAUAUUCAAAAAUCUUGCGUAUAAAUAUUGUGCGGAGAUGGUUGCUCCCUCUCUAUAGCUCCUAUAGUGUCCGCCAUGCACUGCAUUCUUAUUGGGGGCCUCAAGCACGCACGCCCACAACAAACUUUUUUCAAAUAAAUUUUUGCGAAUUAAAAAAGUUUUAUAUUGUUCACUGUAUGAAGUUAAUAUACAGUUUGAACAUUUCUGCUGGGCAAAUUUGUAGUACCACAGAAAAUCCCGUUGUAAAAAGCGUAAGAACGAUUACGUCUCUAACUUCCGUGGGUCUUUUAAUUAUUCAUUUAUUUUCUAUACGAGAUCAGAAGUAUCAUUGUGUGAAUAUAGCCGUCGUCGUCGCGUUGUCGUCCUGCUUGCUUAAGGUCCCUACUGUUUCUCAAUACGAGACAAUAACAUGACCACCUUAAUUUUUUAUCUACAUAUAUCUCCAUUUAUUUUGCAGGCAAUUCUUCAAACUAGUCAGCCCUCCUACGACAAGAGGGGAAUACUUAGAAGAUAUAUUAAGUGGUUUUGCAGCUCGGUACCUAAAGUGUAAUCCUGAUUGUGGCCUUCCCCAAGGUAGGAAAAAAGAACAGUAUAAGCUACGGAUAGUGCCACCAGCAUCGGCAGCGGAAAUGUACAGUAAUCAAUCCAACGGGUCUUCAAAUGUAAUCAAUCCAAUGUGAUUCACCUGGGAAAGUAUAUCUGUAGAAUUCCAACCCACGAAUGACGAUAAUCAAGACAUAUGUAACUCACACAACCGAUUGUUGUACUGUGGUCUUGUCUUGCUAUGCCAUAUACAUAUUGUUGCUCCAAUAUACCAACCCAAAAUUUCACCAAACGCUGUAAAGUAUAAAAUUGGAAUGGAUGGAAAUUUCGAGCGGAAGAUUAUAUACAACAAUUUUCAGACCUACAUACAUGCAGUAACCAGGAGCAAUUGCGAAAAAAUGCAACUUUAUAGGCCUUCUGGCAGGAAUCGAACCGGCUUUGAGAUUUCGGUGCAGCGCUGUAACCAACUAAGCUAUACGAAGUCCAGUUGACGAGCGUGCAGUAACCACAAGUUCUUGCAUAUACUCCAUGCAUGUAUUUAGUGCAUGGGUGAUGCCAGUAUGAGGUAUGGAUAAAUAUCAAGAUCUUGGGCAUCUUUCGAUUCCUGCGAGAGGGCUGUAGUUGCAUUUUUUUCAACUGUUGGUUAGGUUUCGAAAAUUGUAUAUAAUCUUAUGUAAUAAAGCUCGAAAUUUCCAGCUACAAAACCUCCAACUGUUAGUUCUAUCGAGCGAGAUACCCCAAAUCUUGAUGUACUGUAAAGUAUACAGUAUAAAAAGCCUUAAAAUACUUAUUUCUUUUCGUUUUGUAUAGAAACUGUGUACAUCCUGUGUUAUUCGUUAAUUCUGUUAAGUGUGGACCUCUAUAGUCCUCAAGUGAAGCGCAAAAUGUCGAAACGGGAGUUCAUUAAAAAUUUACGUGGUAUUGCCGUUGGUGCAUGCGAUGAUUUUAUUGGGGAUUUGUACGACGACAUUUAUAUACAAGGCCAUAUUGCUAAGCCAUUGGAUAAGGUUUGCAUUAGAACUCCAAUAUUUCCUUGUGAACGUCCUUAUGGUAAUAUUUUUGCUCAAGCCUAAUGGCAUUUAAUAAUAUAUUCAAUGUAAAUGGUAAAAGAACGCAAAGAUUAACUCCGGAGAAAAUCAUCGCGUCUAUUAAUCAAUCAAUCCUAAAAGGGUUAUAUACUAACAAUUAAUCGUCUGGGGCCGGUUGUUCAGCUGAAUUAGCGCUGAUCCUGGCUCAACAUUUAACCUGCUGAUUCGUCUAUGUAUUUCUGCACGUUUGUUUAUUUCAAAAUAAUACUUCUAUUGAUUCGUACAAGAUUUCUGGGAAAAUAUUCCAUGUCCCUAAACAAGCUGUUGGGAAGAUUGAUUUAAAGUUUUGUAAACAAGCUUUCGUUGGUAGGGAUGCAACUACCUGAACAAUAUAAGACGAAUUUCGACGUUUCGAGCGAAGAAGGCCCUUCGUUCGAAACGACGAAGGGCCCUCGCUCGAAACGUCGAAAUUCUCCUUAUAUUUUUUUUGGCUUGUUAUUAUUAAGCUUGUUAUUGUUGGCACUUGGCACUACCUACACUAGCACAGACAGUUAAAGUGUGACUAACCCCAAAUAUGAUUUUUGGUAUGGAUGAUACUUGGGUCAUUCUAAGAAGAAUGUCUAUAAUAAUAUAUCUUUAUGGUAAAAAACCUCAUCUUGGUCAACUUUUUCACUGUCAAAGUUUCCGGAUAUGGUCAUUAGGUGAAUUUUUGGCACAAAAAACAAAGGAAAACUAAUUUGCAAUUCACCUAAUGACAUCAUUUCCGGAAACUUUGACAGUGAAAAAGUUGAUCAAGAUGAAUUUUUUUAUUAUAAAGAUAUAUUACAUUUCUUCUUCGAAUGAACCAAAUAUUACACAUAUUUGGGGUUAGUCGCACUUUAAAGUUUUGUUAACCUAGGAUUAAGCUAUCCGGUUUUGGAACAACCGUCCCCAACUAAAUUUGUAUUUGAUCGUAUGUAUGUACAAUAUGGUAAAAUUUUUGCUUACGCUCAUUUUCAGUGCAUUUAACUAGUCUAGUUUGAAAUAUGUACAGUGUAUAUAUCAUCAAGAGCUUGUAAAGUAAACAAAUGAAUGACUACAUAAUUAUUACGAUAAAUUAUAGUGAGAGCUAAUUAAGUGAACUUCUUUCAGUUUUUGAAGUGGUUAUUGUUGCUGAGACCGUGCAGUUCUUGGAAGAAAAUGUUGUGUAAAACGUGUGCAUGUUUUUAAGGACAAAUGAAUAAAACGCUGAUAUGACCUUAAAAUAACGUUACGUGACAACAUGAGUUAUCC